GGAAAUACUGAUAAUUAAAAGUACUCCUCUAAGUAUCAUUAAAAGCUGUUACCAACAAUAGGUAUCAAUGAUUAAUGUUCAACGUUUUGCGUUUUCAAAGGCAGAAUAAUAUCUACAUAUGGACAUAAAACUUCAUGAUAGCAAAGGCGCAGGAAACAAGAAGUAAACAAAAGAGCAUCACCGCCUAAAUAUUGCAACAAAAAAUACCAUUAAAUAAAUUUACGUAAGGCUAAGACUAAAAAACAGUAAACAUAUAAUGUGGUUGAUCAGUCUCCUCUUAACGUUCUAAUAAUCUUUCAUUAUAAAAAUGAUGAAUAUUUACGUUUGAGAAUCUUAGAAGACGAAUUUGGGAAAGAUGCUUCAGCUUUGGAGAGGACUCCGAUUCCUCAUGCGAACGGUGAUUCUAAAAAAUAUGAAGAAUUACAGCGACAUUAAUUUCCACGGACAACGACACGUAUUGACGGUGAGUACAACGAGAGGUGUUCCUAGCACAAGCGUAAACUUGAAGGAGGCUUUGUGCGAAAAGAUUCCCAUACACUAUGAUAUAUUGAGAAAUAUCCGACAAGAACAUGGAUCGUCGGUGAUCAGUCAGAUCACCGUGGAAAAUAUUUAUCAAGGAUUAAACGGAGUGAACACUAUGGUUAGAGAAACUUCUGAGAUUGAUCCAAAAUAUGGGAUUAAAUAUAGGGGACUAACGAUACCGGAAGUUGUUACACUGUUACCUCGAGAAGGAAAGUCACCAAGUGCGGAAUCUGUAUUUUGGUUGCUUUUAACCGGGGAUGUUCCAACGCAAGAACAAACAGCAUCGCUAAUCGCUGAUUGGUCUGCACGACGUCAAAAGAAGAAAGAUUGGUGGUCAGGACCAGGUGGUGGAAUCGUUGGUUCCGUUCUUCAAACGUUACCAAAAACAACGUCUCCUCUUGGAAAGCUGUCAGUGGCUCUUACCGUUUUUGAUUCUCGCAAUCACAUGAAUGAAGCUUUAAAAAAUGGCGCCUUGAGUUAUACUCAUUGGGAAUACAUGUAUGAAGAUAGUAUGGAGUUACUAGCAACGCUACCGGCAAUAGUCGGUCUAAUCGCUAAAGGCGAAUUGAAGAACUUGGAAGAAGAGAACGGCGAUUGGAUACAAUUUUUAUCAGAAUGUUUAUGUAACGCAUUUGACAUUUCGAAAAACCAUAAGAAAUCGUUGAUGGACUUCCUUCGAUUAUACAUUGUUCUGAACGCAGAUGAAAAUGGCGGAAUACCUGGCGUUCAUGUUACAGAAAUACUCGGUGCUUCUCAAUCAUACGUCAACCAGGCUCUUGCAGCAGGAGCCUUAGCAUAUACCGAGGAACCUAAAAGCGGCACAAUUUCAGAAUAUAUGGAAUUCCAAACAAAAAUACAGCGCCUUCUUGGCCAAGAAUCGAAGGAAGAAAAGUUAAGGAACUAUAUAACCAGUGUAAUUCAAAGGGAUAAAUUAACUGGUUACAAAGAAGCAGAGAUUUGCGAUCCGAAAUACACCGUAUUGGAAAAUUAUGCAAGAGAACAUUUACCAAAUGAUUCUGGUAUAAAGUUGUCACAAACCAUCACUAAAAUUCUUUCUACAAUGAUGAAAUCUGCAAAAGGAAAAAAUAUUUAUCCCGAACAAAAUGCAAUUGCUGCACCUAUUUUUCAAUUCUAUGGGCUGAAAGACAUGGAAUUCAAUCAAAUAUUACUGUGCAUGUCGCGAGCUUUGGGUGCAGUUGCAUCGAUCAUUUGGACAAGAGCUGUUAAUGCUUCGGUUGAACAACCAACAUCCAAAUGCACUUAUUCUUAUUUAAAUUCCAUCCAAGGGGCAAGAGGAAAACGUAAACGAGGGAAGCAUACAAAAAAUAUUCGAAAAUAAAGUUUCUUAAAUUUUUGCCAACAAUAUUAAACCAACAAUAUUUCUCAUAUACAGUAUUAAACAUAAUGUAUGUGUGUGUAAAUUAUUAUAUUAUACAUAAAUUAUGUGAAUUUUUAUCAAACUUUAA